AAAUCAUACCAAAAAGCAUUUAAUUACAUUACAACAACAAAAAAACAUGCAAUCUCCAAAACUCAUCCUCUUAACACUCUUCUUGUCUCUUCAAACACUCUCCAUUGCUUCUCAAAUUCUUCCUCUUCCUUCUUCUUCAAACACUUCCUCAACCAUAUGCAAAACGACACCGGAUCCAAAAUUCUGCAAAUCAGUGUUCCCACAAACAUCUCAAGGCGACGUCCGCGAAUACGGCCGCUUCUCCCUCCGCAAAUCGCUAACGCAAUCGCGAAAGUUCACGCGAACGAUCGACAAAUACAUCAAACGCAACAAUGCCUUCCUCUCCAAAUCCGCCGUUGGAGCUCUCCAAGACUGCCGUUACCUGGCGAGCCUCACAACUGACUAUCUCAUAACUUCGUUCGAUACCGUCAACAUCACCGGAUCAUCAACCAAAACGCUGUCGUCUUCGAAAGCCGACGAAAUCCAAACGCUUCUCUCCGCGGCUUUGACUAACGAGCAAACAUGUCUCGAGGGAAUCAACACGGCCGCGUCCUCUUCUUGGACGAUACGAAACGGCGUCGCAUUGCCUCUAAUCAACGACACGAAGCUCUUUAGCGUCUCACUCGCUUUAUUUACCAAAGGUUGGGUUCCAAAGAAGAAGAAACAAGUAGCUGCGGCCGGUUACUCUUGGGCUUACUCGAAGAGCACUCACACACAGACAAACCCAUUCCGUCACUUCCGUAACGGAGCUUUACCGUUAAAGAUGUCGGAACACACGCGCGCCGUUUACGAGUCUUUAAGCAGGAGGAAGCUCGCCGACGGCGACGAUAAUGACGGGAACACUGUCCUCGUGAGCGACAUCGUAACGGUGAACCAAAACGGAACGGGGAAUUUCACGACCAUAACGGAAGCUCUUACGGCGGCGCCGAACAAAACUGACGGUACCGGCGGUUACUUCGUUAUCUACGUGACGUCAGGUGUUUAUGAGGAAAACGUAGUGAUUGCCAAAAACAAAAGGUAUCUUAUGAUGAUCGGUGACGGAAUUAACCGUACGGUGGUUACCGGUAACCGGAACGUCGUCGACGGUUGGACCACUUUCAACUCCGCCACUUUUGCUGUUACAUCGCCGAACUUUGUUGCCGUAAACAUGACUUUCCGAAACACCGCUGGACCAGAGAAGCACCAGGCCGUGGCUAUGAGGAGCAGUGCUGAUCUCUCCAUCUUCUAUAGUUGCAGUUUCGAAGCUUAUCAAGACACUUUAUACACGCAUUCGUUAAGACAGUUCUAUAGAGAAUGUGACAUUUAUGGAACAGUCGAUUUCAUUUUCGGCAAUGCAGCUGUUGUGUUUCAGAACUGUAAUCUAUAUCCGAGACAACCGAUGCAGAACCAGUUUAACGCUAUUACAGCCCAAGGUCGUACUGAUCCGAAUCAGAACACAGGGAUCUCGAUCCACAAUUGUACGAUUAAACCGGCUGAUGAUUUGGCUUCGAGCAACUAUACGGUUAAAACGUAUUUGGGACGACCGUGGAAGGAGUACUCACGUACGGUUGUUAUGCAAUCGUACAUUGACGAGGUUGUUGAACCUAUUGGUUGGAGAGAAUGGAACGGAGACUUUGCAUUGAGUACGUUGUACUAUGCUGAGUAUAAUAAUACCGGAUCCGGUUCGAAUACCACGGACCGAGUGGUUUGGCCCGGUUAUCACGUGAUUAAUUCUACCGAUGCGAGUAAUUUCACGGUUUCGAAUUUCUUACUAGGAGAUGGUUGGAUGGUUCAGAGUGGUGUACCUUAUCUUAGCGGUUUACUUUCGUAAUUUCUUGUAUUAUUUAUUUAUUUACUUGGGAAAGUUGUAGACCAAUACAGUUAAAAUAAAAAUUGUUGUAAUUUUGAACAU